AUGAUUGAACAACCCACAGUGGAGGCAGCUGUUCAAGAAUGUAGCCAGGGAUCGGAUGAAACUAUAGAAAAUGUUUUCAACAUUAUUGGAGCCUUCGACAUUCCACGUUACAUUUAUAAUUCAGAAAGGAAGAGGUUUCUGCCUCUGUCCAUGACCAACUUCCCUGCACCAAAUUUAUUUGGAACUGCCAGAGAUAAAGCAGAGCUGUUCCGUGAGCGCUACUCCAUCUUACAACAGAGGACUCACAGACAUGAGUUGUUUACUCCUUCAGCAGUCGUUGCUCAUCCUGAUGACAGUAAGAGCAAAUUCCAGCUUAAAACAGUAGAAACUCUGCUGGGCAAUACAGCUAAAGUGGGAGAAGUGAUUGUGCUUGGGAUGAUAACUCAGCUCAAGGAGGGGAAGUUUUUCCUUGAAGACCCUACAGGAGUUGUCCAGCUGGACCUUAGUAAAGCCCAGUUCCACAGUGGUUUAUAUACUGAAUCCUCCUUUGUUUUGGCAGAAGGUUGGUAUGAAGAUGGAGUUUUUCAUGUGAACGCUUUUGGAUUUCCACCUACUGAGCCUUCUGCUACCACUAGAGCCUUCUAUGGGAAUGUGAACUUCUUUGGAGGGCCUUCUUCAACAUCAGUAAAGGCAUCUGCAAAACUGAAGCAGCUGGAGGAUGAAAAUGAGGAUGCCAUGUUUGUGUUUCUUUCUGAUGUGUGGCUGGACCAGGCAGAAGUACUGGAAAAGCUUCACACCAUGUUUUCAGGUUAUUCCUCAGCACCUCCAACCUGCUUUUUCUUUUGUGGGAAUUUUUCAUCUGCACCAUAUGGAAAAAACCAAAUUCAGUCACUGAAAGGUUCCUUGAAGGCUCUUGCAGACAUUAUACGUGAGCACCCCAGCAUUCAUAAAAGUCGAUUUGUGUUUGUUCCUGGCCCUGGAGACCCUGGUCCUGGCUCUAUUUUACCAAGACCUCCCUUGGCUGAAAAUAUUACUGAGGAGUUCAAGCAGCUGGUGCCUUUUUCAGUUUUCACCACAAAUCCCUGCAGGAUUCAAUAUUGCACCCAAGAAAUCAUUAUCUUCCGUGAAGAUUUGGUGAACAAAAUGUGCAGGAACUGUGUCCGCUUCCCUAGCAGCAACAUGGACAUUCCCAACCAUUUUGUGAAGACAAUAUUAUCACAAAGCCACCUGACACCCCUCCCACUGUACAUCAGCCCUGUCUACUGGGCCUACGACUACUCCCUGAGGGUGUAUCCUGUGCCAGAUAUGCUGGUGAUUGCAGACAAGUACGACCCCUUCACUGUCACCAACACCGACUGCCUGUGCAUCAACCCUGGUUCAUUUCCAAGAAGUGGAUUUUCGUUCAAGGUGUUCUACCCCUCCAACAAGACAGUUGAGGACAGCAAACUUCAGGGCCUCUGA